GUAAAUUUGACAACAGCGAACCAGCUAAGUGUGAAAAUAUGAAAAAACAUUUUUAAGAAAAAACAAACUCGACCCUUUUAAAACAGAGUUUGAAAGGCUCAAACAGAACACGUGUCGAAGUGUCCGAUCAUCUCCUCCGGCCGACCACAGCGUAAAAGUGCUCGUUUUUUCAACGCUGUAGUAGCUCACCCACCGAAUGUCCACGUGUCCCCAUCCUCCAUUUCAAUUUCCCACGCAUCUUUAAUUCCAGAGAAAAAAAAAGAACGAAAAGUAAAACAAAACAAUUUUCAUCUCAUAAAUAAUGCGCGCCCUUCACAAAUGAACCACACACAUCACACCUACACCUCUGUAGUGUACAAAACAUGGACCCGUUUUUCGGCCUCUCUCUAAUCUGGGUGUCGGGUGUUAUAUUAUUCGGAUCCGUGUUGUCGGACCGGAUCGUACCCGGGUCAAGGCUGUACGCGGGCGAGGACCGGGCGUGGGUCUCUGAUAACGGGUCAUUCGCUUUCGGGUUUGCCCCUGUAAGCUCGGGGGAGGAUCGGUUUCGAUUGGGCGUGUGGUACGCGCAGAUUCCUGGAGAUCGGACCCUUGUCUGGUCGGCUGAUAAAAACUCUCCAGUCCCCCGCGGCGCCACCGUGGAGCUCCAAACCGACGGCGACCUCGUCCUCCGCCACCCAUCCGCCACCACCGCCUGGUCGUCCAACACCUCCCUCCUCGACAUCCAGUCCGCCUCCAUGUCCGAAAACGGCAACUUCAUCCUCUUCGGGCCGGGCCUCCAGCCCGCUUGGCAGUCCUUCUCCCACCCCUCCGACACCCUCCUCCCCGGCCAGCCCCUCACCGUCUCCCUCGAGCUCAAAUCCUCCCCCUACACUCUCAAAAUGCUCCAACAGCCCAACUCCUUGAGCCUCGCCCUCGCCUUCAACUCCCCCGAGCCCGGCUCCAACCUAACCUACUGGUCCGGACCCGACAUCUCCAACAUCACCGGAGACGAAGUCGUCGCCGUCCUUGACUCCGCCGGAAAUUUCGGCAUUCUCUACGGUCCCUCCGGCGACGGGGCCGUCUACGUGUACAAAAACGACAACCAGAGCCGGUCCACCGCCCUCAACCGGACCGAGCCCGGGCCCGGGCCCGUCCCCCGGAGACUAACCCUCGAGAAAAACGGGAACCUCCGACUCUACAAGUGGGCCCGCCAGUGGGUUUCCGAGUGGGCCGCCGUCUCGAACCCGUGCGACAUCGCCGGGACGUGCGGGAACGGGAUUUGCCGUUUGGACCGGACCCAGACGAGCCCAUCCUGCACGGGCCUUCCGGGCCCUCUUAUAGGAAAAUGCGGGCCGAAUUCCGAGAUCGCGGCCGUGCAGCAGACGGGCUACUAUUACUCGGAGUCUUCGGUUAUAGCGAAUUAUAGUGAUUUGGAGACGGUCUCGAAAUGCGGGGACGUGUGUUUGUCGGAUUGCGAGUGUGUCGGGUCGGUUUACGGGUUGGAUGAGGAGAACGCGUAUUGUUGGGUGUUGAGGGAGUUGGAGUUCGGGGGCUAUGAGAAUCCGGGCUCGACUUUGUUCGUUAAAGUCGAGCCGGGUAGUGGCGGAGGUUCGUCGGGAGGAUUGAGCGCGAGACAGGGGAAAGUUUUAGUGCUUCCGAUUGUUUUGAGCAUGACUGUUUUGGUUGGUUUGCUUUUCUGUUUGCUGUACUUUAAUGUACACCGGAGGAGGAAGUUGAAGAGGGCGCUCGAGAGCUCGUUGAUUGUGUCUGGGGUGCCGGUUCGUUUCAGCUACCGGGAUUUGCAGAUGAAGACGAGUAGCUUUUCGCAGCUUCUUGGAACUGGUGGGUUUGGGAGUGUGUACAAGGGAUGUUUGAGUGAUGGAACUUUGAUUGCGGUGAAAAAGCUCGACCGGAUUUUGCCGCACGGGGAGAGGGAAUUUGUUACGGAGGUGAACACGAUUAGCUCCAUGCAUCACAUGAACUUGGUUCGCCUUUGCGGGUACUGCUCGGAGGGCUCACACAGUGUACGAGUUCAUGAAAAACGGGUCCUUGGACAAGUGGAUAUUCCCUCCGAAAUGACGAACGGGACACCGGAGAAAGCUGUCGACAGGCGGCUUGAAGGGACCGUGGAGGAAGAGGAGCUCGUCAGAGCACUAAAAGUCGCGUUUUGGUGCAUACAAGACGAGAUCGUGAUGCGGCCCACGAUGGGUGAGGUCGUGAAGAUGUUGGAAGGGUCGGUCGAGGGGAUUAACGUGCCGCCGAUGCCUCAAACGGUGUUGGACUUGGUUGAGGAAGGAUUGGACCACGUGUACAAGGCAAUGAAGAGGGAGUUCAACUUCAAUCACUUUAGCUCGUUCACUACCUCUACUCAUCAUCCUUCUUCUCGUGCUACUUGUAGUUACUCCACAAUCUGCGAGAGGAAAACAGCAAUGGAGAAGAUGAAAUUCGCAGAGGAGCUCGUGCGAGAAUUCCUCGUAUUCAGAGGGUUUACAACCACCCUUCAAUCCUUCGAGAAAGAGCUAGCGACCGACAUCGGCCGGGGAUUUCAAGUUGACAAGAUCUUAGACCUAAUCUUCUCCAAUUACAUCCCCAAAUUCGAAUCGGAAAAGCUGAUCGAUCUCCUAGGCUUCUUUAAGAACUGCUUCUCGUACCCGGAUUCGAAUGCGGUUGAUGUGCUGUCGAAACUGGAACAGUCGAUCCUGCGUUACUACAUCGUUAACGCCUUGAAAUGUGGAAGGAAGGACAAGGUGUUGGAGUUUUUCGGAAGUUUUGGCAAUGAUUUGGUGCUGAGAGAGGGAAGUUGGAGCUCUUGGUUUGCAAUUCCGUAUAUGAAGAACCCACAUUUGGAUCCACAGUUUAGCGUGUACUUUUCCGAGGCUUGGUUUCGUGUCCUGCACCUUUCUAUUAGGAAUUUCUUGAGUGAGAUUCUUGAUGCUUGUCCACGUAUCCCAGCCUUAUUGAAGAUCAGUUCUGAAAGGGAUACUGUGAACCAUCUGAAGAAAGAGAUUAAGCAACUCACUCACAAGUUAUCACAAGUUCAAACUUCACUGGAGGAGAAAGAGGCACUACUGCGUCUAUCAAGGAGUGGUGCAGCACAAGCCACUGUUUCACCUAGUAUUUCUCGUUGGAAGUCUACAUCAGUAAUAGAAGAAAAAGUGUCAUUUCAGAUUGCAGAGAAUACUCAAGUUUCAGAAUCCCAUUUUUCGAGGUUUAAUUCUUAUAACAAUGCUAAUGAGGAUAGAAGCUGUGAUGGCCCUGAUGUUGGUAGACAUUCUGAUUUUCAGAAUGAAGAUGAUUUUCCAGAAGUGAAAGCAGUAUGGCAGGAUACAUUUCUGGGCCACACAAGUCCAAUCAGUUGUAGCCGCUUCUCUGCAUCUGGCGACAAUAUUGCUAGUGCUUCUGUCGAUGGCACGGUCAGGAUAUGGACCUAUGAUUCAUCAGCAUCGACGUCUAGAAAUGCCACCAUCUAUUGUGGAGCUGAGAUUAUGUCUCUUGAGUGGGACUGCAAAUCUGAUCGUUUGCUACUGAUAGGAACUUCUGAUGGAGGCAUUAAAGCGUGGAAUGUAGAUGCUAAGCGAGUUGUUUGUGAUCUCAACUCAACUGGAGCAUACCCUAGCAUAUUGGACCUGAAAUGUAGCCCCGUGGAGCCUAUUUUUGUUUCUGCAGCAGCAUCCAGGAGGCAAGGUAGCGGCUAUUUUGAUAGCUUGGGGUUUGCUUCAUUAACAGUAUGGAACAUGAGGACAUGGAAGUCUAUGACAGUCCUUCCUCUUGGUAAUGAUCCACCAGCAAUAACCUCAUUGAGUUUCAAUCACAACGGCAAGCUGUUAGCAGCUGCUGCAACUGAUGGAAUGAUUCAUAUGUUUGAUAUGUCUGCUGGGCAGCAAGUUACAGGAUGGCCUGCUCAUGAUUCUGCAAUUAGCUCGAUUCUUUUCGGGCCCGAUGAGACCAGCAUUUUUAGCUUGGGAACUGAUGGAAAUGCAAGUAUCCUUGAAUUUUAGCCGUUUGACAUUAAUAUUGGUGUAUUAUCAUAUGUGUCCCUUUGCACAUUAACACAAGUUAAAUUGCCUUUGCUGGAAUUUUCGAGAGUCUAAUCGGACAGUUUGAAUACGCAGAUAUUUGAAUGGAGCUUGCACAAUCAAGGACAAAUUCUUUGGUCACGAAAUUGCAGCAGGUUUUGCAACAGUGAGAAUUCAUAUCAGUGGAGACAUCAAAUGGCUUUGGAUGUCAAUGGAAAGAGGCUUCUCGUGACUUCUAGUUCAUUACAAGCUCCAAUAUACCAGGUCCGAGGCGAAAUGACUGGCUUGAGAACUCUUUCUCACGGUGGACCCAUCACGACGGUAGAUUGGCAUCCAACUUUGCCCAUCUUCUUAACUGGCUCGGCUGAUCAUUCGGUCAGGGUCACAUCCACGUCUUGAUGUUCUUUGGCUGCCCGUUGUUUGUUGUAGCUGCUUUUCCUCUAUUUCAACAAUGUGCCUUUUUUUUUUUUCAUUUUUAGGGGAGAAUUGAAGAAGUUAAAAUAGACAGAAGGUAAAACAUCUCGACUGUUGAGAAGAAAUAUGAACAUACUUGAUCAUUACAAACCCCAUUGUCUCGUGUCUUAAUUGUUUUAAUAUUGCAUUUUCUUUUUCCUCGGCUCGAAUA